ACGGAGCAGUGAGGGAGGGGGGUGAAGAGGAGGAAAAAAAAAAAGAAAAGAAAAAACACAACCCUGCACACAAGAGAAGGCGGUUUGAGAAGUGAGAGUUACGGAACAAGGGCAAGUACAGAGCGGAGCAGGACCGGGAAAUAUCCGCAGGGGUUGUUUUUUACCGAUGUCCGAGCCCCCCCCACCCCACCGUCCGGUACCGGUGCUGGAGACAGGUCUACCGCGGUGGAGAGCGCACAGGAGCGGCCACUGGAGUUGAAAGCCUCGGCGACUACACACCGCUGGAGCCCCCACCACCACCACCACCACCACCACCACCACCACCACCAGCACCAGCCGAAACUGACUGAGAGUGUACGCAGACAUAUUGGAGCUCGGUACAUCACAGCAAAUCAAGUGGGAGUGUUUGUGUCCAGUAAUAGACAGCUGACCUGUUUUUCUGCCCAGGAAAAACAACAUAAAGCUAUCUGAAGCAACCGUCAUCUCCUCUGUUCUUCUAUCCAGUGAUGGAUUCCCCCUCAGAUCUUUUUGAUGACUCUGCUCCCCAGAUACAUGGGUUUGCUCCUCCUCCUUGCUCCACAGACAUACCUGGACUCCACCCCCAGCCCAGUACAGGUCGCCCCCCUCCAACCUUUAGACCACCUGGCUUCCCUCUAAUCCAUCACCUCCUCCAGCCCGGUGGAGUCCCCAGAAGGAUCGGAGGACAAAUCACCACAAACCUGAAUGCACAAAGGCAUCCUGAAGACCGAACUCUGGAGGAAGAUACACUGGAUAGAGAAGGCCAAGUGGAGCAAGGGAUUGAAGAAGAGGAUGAAGGAGUGAUGGAAGGAGAGGACAGCAUUUUGGGACUUAAAAAGAGGCACAGUGAUGCUGCAGAGUGGGGUCAGGAUGUCAUGCGGAUGAAGAGGAUGAAGCUGGAGAACAGAGGACGAGAUGGAGAAACCGAGGACGGAAGCAGGAGGUGUGAAGGAGGGAGGGUGGGGAAGAGGAGGGAGAGGGAGGAACUGAAGGAACAACUGGAAGAAGCGAGGGAGAGACUUCAGGCUCUGCAGGAGAAAGUAUGGAGGGCUUUUGGAGAAAAGCACCGAGCGGAGGAGGAGAGGAAAAGGAGGCGUAGUAGAAAUGGAAACAGAGGAGAGGAAGAUGUAGGGAUGACUGAGGAUGAGGAUUUACCAGAAGGGGUUUACGAUGAAGAAGACAUUGACGGUGGAGAGAUGGAGAAGGAAUCUUUCUCUCUUCUCUCUGCUUCUCCUUUUGACAACUUCCAAAAACAAAGAGAAGAGAGGCUGAAAGACAGGGAGGGGAGGACGGAGAGAGGAAGAGGAGGAGGGCUGCACUUAGAAGGUGUGAUGGAGGGAGCGGGGUUAUGGUUAGAUUGCGGCGGGCUUUUAAGAGGAGACUGGGAUGGAGGGAUAGAAGACGAAGGGGAAGAAGGAGGGCAGAAGUUUGCGCAGGCUCUGAAGCUGGAGCUGGGCAGCGCCGUGGCACGAGUCAUCGACCGAGUGCUCCGCCUUUACACUGAAACCACAGAUUUCACUCCCUCUUCUCCACCCGCCGCGAUCUCUUUCCUCCCAUCGGACGGGGGGAGCGAUGGAGGGAGGGAGCGGGAGAUGUGGAUGGGGCUGCUGACGAGAGGGAGAGGCGAGGAGAGAACAAGGGGUAAGGAGGAGAAGGCAGCAGGACAAGACGGAGAAAGAGAGAAACAGCUGAAAAAGUUAACCAACGGACUGGCUCCAGGACAGCCGCAUCACACCGAACCCUCUGAUCUAGCCCUGCCAUUGGCCAUUCAGAGGUCACCUGACAUACGCAAGGGCCACCCCCUCCUCGGCCCACCCCUCACCGCCCACAUCACCCCCUCUCACCCCAACAUCUCCCUGCAUCACCCCUCUCUUCCUCGCCCUCCUCUUUCUCACCCUCCGCUCUUGGCUCCGGCGUCACAACCCAAGGACCCCUCAUCUUCUUCCUCAUUCCACCCGUCGUCCUCCUCCUCUUCCUCUUCUUCAUCUUCCUUCCCUGCGCCUCCCCCUCCUCCUCCUCCUCCUCCACCCCCUCCUCCUCCUCUCCCUCUCCCCUUGCUCCACUACUCCAUGCAGCAGCUCUUCUCCCGCUCUCUCCACCACCACCCACAGCUUCCACACCUUCCUCCUUCCCGCAAGGACUAUUUAAACUCAGACCCCUUCUUGGAGUUUUCAUCUCACCCCUCCUUCCCGCCUCUCCCGCUGCUCGGUCAUCUGGACCCCUCCCUUUCACGCCACGGGGGGAGAGACCGAGAGAGAGGCAUGAGGGGAGAUGGGGGAAUGAGAAGUGGAGGCUUGGAUGGAGGAGAACUUUACCUGUCAGCAGGAGGAGUAUACGCCCAGGAGGGAUUGUCACCUUGCCACCUGAAGAAGGCUAAGCUUAUGUUUUUCUACGCACGCUACCCCAGCUCCAAUACGCUGAAGACAUACUUCCCUGAUGUCAAGUUCAACCGCUGUGUGACCUCCCAGAUGAUUAAAUGGUUCAGUAACUUCAGAGAGUUCUUCUACAUCCAGAUGGAGCGCUUUGCACGACAGGCAGUCCGUGAGGCUCUCACACGGGAUGGUGCACCUCGUGUGGGCAGAGAGAAUCAGCUGCGGGUUGGCCGUGACACCGAGCUCUAUCGCAUCCUAAACAUGCACUACAAUAAAAGUAACAUCUACCAGGUCCCUGAGAGGUUUAUCGAAGUGUCAGAGGUGGCUCUGAGGGAGUUUUACUCAGCCAUUUGGACUGGGAGAGACAGCGACCCCUGCUGGAAGAAAGGCAUUUAUAAGAUUAUCUGUAAGCUUGACAGUCCCGUUCCAGAUGCCUUCAGACUGCCUGGUUGUCCCGUGGGCUGAUCUCUAACCGCUUUCUUUCUGGCACAUGUAAACAAAUGUACACAUGCAUGCACCGACACACAACGGCUGAGCGAAGGGAUUUAUAUAGAAGCAUCUGUUAAGGUUGUCAUUUGAGAACAUGAGGAAAGGUCUUCAUCCAUAAAAACAUUUAGAAACUAAAAGGAGGAUUUGACUCGACGUAGGGUGUAAAGACAGAGCACCAGUGUAGGCUCGAGUGGACAGACACACACAUACUCUCAGCGCUGUGGUAGAAGUCUUGUGACAGCACUUAUCAGAGAACGUGACCAUACCAUUGAAU